AUGGCCUCUCCAACAGAGGAGUCUCUCGCCAUGGGUCCCACUCGCUCCUCGACGAGAUCCAACAUGAAGAUCGCCAUGCCAAUGCCCCCUCCACCGUCCGCGUUCGUGCAUCCAUCCCCAGCAUACAUCAUUGCCUCGACUCCCUCACCGUCACAAAACCCCAGUGACGCGUCAUGGCAACUUGGGGCACCCCACGAGAGCCACAGCCACACCCACCACCACUCGCACCGCGUACAUAUCUCGACGCCUCACCCACUAGCCGCGACCGCGAACUUCCUCGACAAGCACGUCCCCCUGUUCGCUAAGCACCACACCGAGUUCCACACACAGCACGAGAUCAGGCAGGCCAAGCGCGAAGCGAGGCGGAGUCUCAUCGACAGUCCCAUCCCCGAAGUCGAUGUCGAGUCUCUGCCUCUGGCAAGUGCAGCAAUCCACGCCGUCACAGCGAGUGCUACGGCUCCGGCUCUCGCAGAUUCGAGAGACGCGUGGGCCGAAAUCUUGGCUAAGCGCGAGGCCGCGCGCUUGCGGUCCGGCUCGGACAUGAGCAGCAGCAGCAGCCGGGAUGAGAAGAUGUUGCACCACAUGCACAUGCUGGAUCACGCGGAUGAGGACUCGCACUCGAAAAGCUCUGGGUCGCCUGCCAUCACGCCCUGA